AUUAUACUUGUACAAUCAUUUCUUGUCGUUGAUUACUAAUGCUCGAGUAAAGAAAAAUAAAACUACACGUUAUGUAGUUGCUGUAGUGAUACCGUUUCCAUAGAACGCUGUUAUCAUCCGCUUUUGUUUUUUCUUUUGGUCUUUAUCAUCCAAUGCAUACUUGGCUUAUUUAAGGAGCUCGAAUAUUCUUUUACUUGAACUUACUCAACAUGUCACAGGCAACGGACACUGUCAGCUGUUCAUCCGAUACACCGAGCAGAAGCUCAUUACGGCAUCAACGUCGCGUUCAGGUUUACUCCUUGCAACUAACCGCAUACAUAAAUGUGGUCCGUCAGGUUGGCACUAUGGCCGUGCUGGAUUCGAAUAUGGUAGUGCUUCUGGAAGCUCUAACGGAUUUGCUUUCCGAUAGCAAGUUUUCCCAUUUUCAGGUUCCAGAUGACGAUGAGAAUGAUUUUAACAACCAUGACAUGCGAAUGGUUUUAACUUGUCGUUUAUGCGAGUGGAAUGCCAGCAGUGCUUUUCAACUGCUUACUCACUUGAUGGUUGAAAGAUAUCAUCAAAAUAUAUCCAAAAAAAGUAAUAAAAUAAGCAAACGUGUCAUUUCGGGCUACGAAACGUUCAUUCGUGAAGAAUGUGCUAUUUUGGAAAAACGAAAUUUUCCUCCGCAAACGUUGGAUUGCAUAUUGGAUUUCUACUUUAUGACAAAGUCAUUUCUGCGAAUUACUUCUCGUUAUCUGAAUUCGUUACAAAAACUUAAGUAUCAGCCAUCAACCAUCAUUGCUAGCGGCGUUAGUGAGUUACUUACGGAAAUUGAUUUGCUUGUUUCAAAUGCACAGUGUAUUGAAUCGGUUCCGGAAUACAAUUCGCUACUAUUGUCCGAUAAGACAUGGGAAAUUCGGUACUUGUUCCAAAAUCAAUUAUAUAAUGAUGCUACCCAAAUAACGGAAAAAUUGCGACUUAACAAACCGAAUUGCUUUCAAGCGGACCGAAAUAUUUUCUCUCAGCCACCACCUGCUCAUUAUCAAGGAAGCGUAUUAAUAAUGAACUCAAAUGUGGCCAAUGGGCCUAACCAACAAGCAUUCCAUCCAAACAUCGUUCCGUUCAGAACAGUUCCACCGCCUCGAAUGAUGUCAUCCGUUGUAGAUUUUCAACGUAUGCAGCUACCUGUUCCGUGUAUGCAACCACCAAUGCGACCACCCAUUAUAGGAGGGCACCAUGUAUUUCAACCGAUUAGCAAUGCACAACAACCGCGGUUCAACUCCGGGCAGCCUCAUCAACCGCGUCCAUCAUUUCCGCCAAUACCUCCUCAGCAGCAAAUACCACAUGGCAUGCCGAAUAAUGCGGUCAACACUUCGAUAUUACCACCGCUGAACUCGAACGCGAUGGACGAGCAGUUGAAACGCUUCUUGAACGAUCCGAAACUCGACGAUUUAAUAGAAAAUGGUAACCUUCUUAGGGAAUUUCAUUCAACAAGCGUGAUCCCAUCGGAACUAUGUAUGGCAAUGGAAGCCGUUGCUCCUGACGUAAAGGUUAGGUGCUAUGGUGCAAAGGUUUCCGGAGUCGGAUAUGAAGAAGAUUACCUCAAUUUAUUCGUCGAUUCUGGACUCGAAACCAAAUCGGAUGCUUCUAUUGAACCAUUGAUUGAAAAACUGUGUGAGUUUUUCACAAAAAAUGAUGACGACUGGAUGAUUGAAGAAAAGCACAUUGCUGGUUAUGACUCAAUACUAACAGCGAAAAAUUAUUGUGAAAAUGUUUGCUGUAGGAUUACGUUCGAUAGCGAAAUUUAUUAUUACAACUCUCUGCUCAUUCAGUAUUAUAUGCAGACUUUUCCGCUAUUGCAAAAACUCUGCUACUACCUACAGGAGUUCUUAAAGCUAGUGGAUUUGAAUUUCAGUCGUUAUUUGAUUGUUUUACUGGUAAUGUUCUACCUACAAGUACAGGAAUAUCUACCAACGGUGGAACAGCUACAAAAGAAUAUGCCAGAACAAAAGGUGCAUAAGAGUAUGAUUGUGAAUUUUGUUGCUAGAAAACCAGAAGAACUGAAACUUAAAGACUGCGAAACGGAUGUUCGGAAGUGUGCUACAGAAUUGUUCCGGUUUUAUGGUCUCAACUUUUCUUUCGACCAAUUGGUCAUCUGCCCUCUGGAAGGAAAAGCAGUUCACAAGACUGAUUUCUCCCCUACGAACGCAUGGAGAAUGCCACUGAAGCGCUAUAGGGCCUACAUGGAGAAGGCACAAGAAAAUGAAAUAUUUGAUGCAACUGCACCAAUUUGCGUGCAGGAUCUGCUACAGCUUACAGUGAAUGUUGCGGGAACGGUCAGUAACGACGAGAAAAGUCGGUUCGUGCAAGUCUGCCGGAGAGCGUUUCAACACUACACUAACAAUCAGUGAUUGUUUUAUUAUUAUAGUAGAGUACUGUUAUGUUUUACUUUUUUAUUCUUUUUAUUGAAGUGACCGAAAUCGAAAUUUAAUUUCUACGACUGUCAAUUAACAAUGUUAAUACUAUUUUAUAGAUUUAGUGCAAUAGUUCGAGAAAUCUAUCUACGAAAAACAGCAACUAUUUAUUAAAACAGAUAAACUAUUUCAAAAUCAGGGAGAAGCUCAUCACAGUUAAAUUUACGUUUGGUGUAAAACAAAAAUGAAUCCAAUAAAUUGACAAAACAAGGCAAAUGAUAUAUUAUUCAUUCAACACAACAAUAA